AUGCCAGAACCUGCGGAGGCUGCAGCCUCAACCUGGACAAGAGGAAGUGGACUAGAGACUGAGCAGAAACAGCAGGAACAGCAGUUCAGAAAGCGAGUAAAGUCUUCCGUUUUUACCGCCGCAGAGAAAGCUGAAGAGAGCAGCAGGUCCAGCUGGGAAAAGUACGCGACCUCUGAUCAGCCUGAGAGCACAUUCCAGCAGAGGGAAAUGAGCCUCUCAGUCCGCACUAAGCCUGUCUGACGGACUGGGGACUCUUUGGACUUUAGCGCACUCAUUCUCAAUCAACAGGGUGAAAAAGAAGAAGGAAAGUUCCUGCUUUCACUUUAGAAGGAAACAUUCAUGAUGGAGGAUGGAUAUGAGCUCGAUCUGACAUAUAUUACAGAACGUAUCAUUGCUGUGUCCUUCCCCUGGGGCUGCUCUGAGGAGAUCUACUCGCACAACCUGAAGGAUGUCACUCGAAUGCUCAAGUCUAAGCAUGCAGAUAAUUAUCUGAUUAUUAACCUGUCUGAGAGAAGACAUGAUCUCUCUAAAAUGAAUCCUAAGACACUGGAUACAGGUUGGCCAGACCUGCAUGCUCCACCUCUGGACAAAAUCUGCACCAUCUGCAAGGCCAUGGAGAGCUGGCUCAACGCUGACCCCCUACAUGUGGUUGUUAUACACUGCAGGGGUGGCAAAGGUCGAAUUGGUGUUGUCAUUUCAUCCUUUGUGCACUUCACUGAUGUAUCAGCCAGUGCUGAUCAGGCAUUGGACCGUUUUGCCAUGAGGAAAUACUACGAUGAUAAAGUCUCAGCUCUGAUGACACCUUCGCAGAAACGGUAUGUUUGGAUCCUCAACAGUUUACUAAGUGGAUCUAUGAAGAUCAAUGCGUCCCCCUUGUUCCUGCACUGCAUCAUUCUUCAUGGGAUACCAAACAUUGAUGCUGCCGGAGCAUGUCGCCCAUACAUCAAGGUCUACCAAGGAAUGCAAGCAGUGUAUUCAUCUGGAGUCUAUCACAUUGGUCCAGGCCACAGAGACCGUGUAUGCAUCACUCUGGAGCCCGCCCAGCUCCUGAAAGGGGACAUCAUGAUCAAAUGCUAUCAUAAAAGUGACAGGACUUCGGAGCGUGAGGUUAUUUUCCGGCUUCAGUUCCACACGGGAGCAGUGCAGGGUUACAACCUGAUGUUUGAAAAAGAGGACAUGGAGACUGCCAACAAAGAUCCAAGAUUUCCAGACUAUGGUAAAGUUGAGCUGGUGUUCUCCGAGGGACCAGAGAGGAUCCCAGGUGCAGACAGGUGGCAUAAUGGACCAGAUGUUAUUGUUGACUACAACACAGCAGAUCCUCUAACCCGCUGGGACUCGUACCAGAACAUCUGUGAUGGUGAAGCACCGCGUUCCCAAGGCCUUACCCAGGACAAACCAGCCAGCAAGAGGAGCCCUAUUGGAGGAGAAGCCACACUGGGGCGAGGGGCUCGCACAACUUCCGCCACUUCGAGUCCUGACCAUAGCGAUCACGCCCUCUCUGUCAGUAGCGACUCAGGGCUGUCCAGCACCUCUCUGUUGCCAGACAACUCUACAACCAUCACCUCCACCACCACCAUCAAGACUAACCACGGACCCAGCCAGCAGGAAAAGGUCCAGCUGAAGCGGCUCCUAAGUGGUUUUGGUCUUGAGGAUCCCUCACUGGAGGAGAUGGGUGAUCAAGGUCCAGGAAUGGGCAUUCAACAGAUAGUCCCAGCACAAGUGCACAUUAAUGGAGAUGCCCGACCCCGUGAAAGGGAAACGGACAUCCUUGAUGAUGAAGUCGUUACGGGUCAUGAUAUGCACAGUGUGGACAGUCUCGGGACACUAUCAUCCUCAUGCCACAAGAGCAGUCAGAACUCCCUAUUGUCAGAUGGUUUUGGAAGUCCUGGAGUAGAGGAACAUCAAAGCCAAAGCCAGCACCACCUGCAUCAUGCUGCACCUCCUCCUAUGGAGGAGUAUGAGAGAUCUUAUGGAGAGCCCAGGAAGGCCUGUCUGAACUCGAGGAGCAAUUCUGUGGCCUCCUCUAAUCCCAGCAGUGCUCCCACACCCAAGCAGCAUGUGUACAGACAAGGAAGCUAUUCUACACAGUCCUGGGUUCGUCAGCAGCAGAUGGUUGCUGCACAGCAGUUUAUCUACAUGCCAGAGGAUGGAAACGACACAGAAAGAUACCCUGGGAACAAGCUGGGGGACAGUUCAGCCAAAGUGGGGCUGUCCACUGAACGACAGGACCUCAUCAGAGACACAGCAGGCGAUGUUGUGAGAAGCAUGGCACCUCACAAGGAACAGGCAAUGACCAACAAUAACAAUAAUAACAAACGAGAUGAGGAGUUCAAAUCUCUGACGAUGGAUAUUGACAAUUCCAUUGAUCAGCUCAAUCAGCUGAUCAUGGAUCUGGAUCCUACAUUCGUGCCUAUGUCGAGCCGUAGCAGCUCCAUUAAGAAGAACGACGGGACACAUGUCAAUGGCUCAGUUGGCAAAUGUUCAAAUGGCGUCAAUCUCAGAUUCAACGAUAGUAACACAGCAACGCUGAAAAACACACAGCAGACAGCUGUCCAGUCCAAUGAUGUGCAAGUGGGUGUCACACGGAACCUAAGUUGCCAGAGGAGGGAUGUAAUGGAUCACCCAGGUUUUUGUAACUCAGGGUGGGGUGAGACAGAGGACUGCAGGGGCCAGCAGGCUUACUGUGCCCCACAGUCACAGCAUUCCAUAUUGUAUAGAAGUGACAGUGUGGGUUACAGAGCCCAAGGCCCUGAUUUGGACAGUGUAGUUGAGGCUGGUAGUGACAUGACUCCACCCACUCCUGCCUUUCCCAUCUCUCCACCUACACCUUAUGUAAAAAAUAUGGCAGAACUGACUGAUCUAAGGCAAAUUCCCUCUGCCAGCAUGUCUUAUGGAAGCUACAAAACAAAUCAUGAACCCCGUGGCUAUUCUGAGAUCAGUCAUGUUGGGGUGGAGACUUUGCCAGAUUCCUCCAUUAACUGCCACAUGAUGCUAAGUUCAUACUCUGCCUCCAUUGUUGGGACCCACGAACAGACAGAUGGCUCAUGUAUGAACCAGUCCUGGCCAGAGCAUCCCGUCAUAAGCCACCAUUCCUCCCUAAGAAACUACCCGUCUGCCCUACAGCCACCACAGCCGUCAAUGUCACUGGACUAUGGUCACCACUCUCCUCCCCUGCACCACCCUGCCCCUAAUUCCCACAGCUCUCCUCGAAGCAGCCAGCUGAGUCGUAUGGCUCACUAUGCCCUCAAUCGCAGUCUGGCUCAAAGCUUUGACGAGCAAGAUGACUCAACCCACAGCUAUGGUACAGACUGUCCAAACAUGAGCAUUAACAGGGCUCUCUUAACCUCAGUGGAUGGGGAGAAUCAGUCUCAAACUCUCCAAAUGCAGCCCCCAUUGCUGCCUGAAAAAAAGCGGGCAUCGGAUGGAGAGCAUUCAUUGGGAACAGCCUCUCCAGCCCUCAGUGGAUUCUCAAGUCCCCACAGUGGGAGCUCCCUGAGUAUCCCUUUCCCCAAUGUUUUGCCUGACUUGUCAGCUCAGAUGCCACACUCAGCCUCACCUUUGCCAGAUGUACUGGCCAGUAAGCAGGUGACUGUGAAGUUUGUACAGGACACAUCAAAGUUCUGGUACAAGCCAGAUAUCUCAAGGGAUAAAGCUAUUUCAGUCUUGAAGGACAAAGAGCCUGGCUGCUUUAUUGUGCGAGACAGUCACUCCUUCAAAGGGGCCUAUGGUCUUGCUAUGAAGGUGGCUACACCCCCUCCAUCAGUUCUUCAACAGAGCAAAAAAGGAGGAGAUCUAGCCAAUGAAUUAGUACGCCACUUUCUGAUUGAAUGCACACAGAAAGGAGUCCGACUGAAGGGUUGUCCCAACGAGCCCUAUUUUGGAAGCUUAACUGCGUUGGUCUGUCAACAUUCAAUCACUCCUUUGGCCCUGCCUUGUAAACUUAUUAUACCUGACAGUGAUCCUCUUGAAGACGUUGUGGAGAACACCUCCCACUCAGUCAAAAACUGUGUUGCUGACUUGCUAAAACAGGGUGCAGCCUGUAAUGUGUGGUACCUGGGCUCUGUGGAGAUGGAGUCACUAACAGGCGUUCAGGCAGUGCAGAAAGCCACCUCUAUGGUCCUGAGCGCCGAAGCUCCACCAAUCUCCACUGUGGUCCAUUUCAAAGUUUCUUCUCAGGGAAUCACCCUCACAGACAACCAGAGGAAGCUCUUCUUCAGGAGGCAUUACAAUGUCAAUACCGUGAUAUAUUGUGCUCUGGACCCUCAAGACAGAAGGUGGAAUAAAGACGGCUGCUCAUCAGCAAAAAUCUUUGGCUUUGUGGCGAGAAAAACCGGCACUUCCAUGGGCAACAUAUGUCACCUGUUUGCAGAGCAUGACCCUGAGCAGCCUGCAAGCGCCAUCGUCAACUUUGUGUCUAAGGUGAUGAUUGGCUCACAAAGGAGUAAGUAGGAUGGAGCUGAUCACCUGGACAGACAUUUACUGAGUAGAUGCAGCAAGCAAAAGACUGAACAACGGACUACAGUAAAUAUGAUGAGUGACGUUGGUGAUGACAUGGACUUAAAUCCUGGAUAUUAACUGGAUGUUCCAGGGAUGCUCAUGAUUACUAUUAUCAAAAAAACCAGUACACACACACAUAUAUAUAUAUAAAUAUAUAUAUAUAUAUAUGUAUGUCUGUAUUAGAAUGAAAAAAUGUUUCUCUACUGGUUUAUAACUAUGUCGAAAAAUCAUUACAACACAGUUUACAAUGACUGCUUUCCUUGUUCAUGCAUAUCAUUGUAUUGACAAAUCAACAGAAUUUGCUCCUAUAGAUGCAUUUAUUAUUUUCUAAUACAGUAUUUAUCCAAACUGAAUUAAUUCAAACAAUUAACAAACAUUUAGUUGUAUCUGACAGAAAAAAACAAAGAAACUUUUCUGCUUUCUUUUUCUUGGUUUGGGAUUAAAAAUAAAAUCAAUUAAGCAAAUAUGUAUAAUUUGGACUUUGGAUCUACAUUUGUUUUGUUUUUUUAAUCUAUGCAGUGUAUUUAAUUUUAGACUAUGGUUCCCUGUACAUCUGUAUUAUGUAAGUUGUUUCUUUGUACCUGAUAGAUUAUUCUUGUGUUGAUGCUUUUGAGCUUGACCACUUUAAAAAGAUGGAAGCAUGUGGUGUGUUUCUGGUCAUGUGUGUUCAAUUAAGAGAAAUUGGAAUAUUAUAGAUAGAUAGAUAGAUAGAUAGAUAGAUAGAUAGAUAGAUAGAUAGAUAGAUAGAUAGAUAGAUAGAUAGAUAGAUAGAUAGAUAGAUAGAUAAAACUAUUCAAAGGACACAGGCGGCUGUAUUGAAAGAACUUUAAAAAAGGCGGGGGGGGGGGGGCUGAAUUUUGGUGUUGGAAUUGCACAAAUAUAUGUUCUAUCAAACUUACUCAGUUUUUCAUCUGUCAAUGACAUAUACAAUACACUUGGUCUGGGAAAAAGUUAGAACUGUUGAUUAUCCAAGCUAAUUGUUAAAAUUGAAUAUAAGAUGAUGAUAAUUGUAUGUGUGUGUGUGUGUGUGUGUGUGUGUGUGUGUGUAUGUACUGGAUAACCAUUUUUAUCCAGAGAGGGACCUACAGUCACAACAAAGCUGUUGUAUUUUUUAUUAACUAUUAUCUGUACCUCAUACUUAUCUCAUAGAAUACUGUGCAUUUGUGUAUAACAUGUUAUUUGUGAACAGCUUAUUUGUUUAUUGACUUUGCAUUGUCUAUGUGUUAUUGUAAAUAAACAGUGAAACAAUAUUUAAUCUGGAUAAUGUAGGUUCACAGUGGCCAGGCAAACCAGUAAAGAUUUCAGAAAGUUACUAAUCAAGAUGUGUGGCAAUGAUGUAAAAGACAACUCUUUGCUGAUGCUCAUAUUGAUAAAACAAACAAGAUGCAAUGUGUUGACUAGUUGAAACUGCAGAGCUGUCUGUGGAUAGAUUUGUACCCAUUUCUAAAGAAAUGUGAUAUCUGCUUUUUAUCUUUCUGGAAAACUUGUAGCUGUGUAGAGCUUCGCUUUGACCCAGAAUAUCUGCAUAAUGGCAAUUUUAAAAUAUAAAAUGCAUGGACACCUUAGUGAACAGGCAUAACAGCCAAAAGCCAGGGGUCAAGGAGGCCAAAUGUUACAUAAACCAAAAAACCAAAUACAUAAUAUCGGAAAUACAAAACUACAUUGGCUAUAGAUAGAUAUAAAGUAAUAAAAAUGUGUGUCACAAAUAACCAAGUGACCAUAAAAAAGCAAGAA